AUGCUAAAAGACAUUAAUAAUAUAUUAGAACAUGUAAUGCAUGCUAAUGAAAAGACAAAAGGACCCCUUUACUUUAUUUCAGUAUCAUCACCAUUUUAUCAAGCCGCUUUAAACGUAAAUUAUUUCAUUAUACAUGAAUUUUGA